AUGAAAAUUCUCGCACUAUUCCUUGCUCUCACUGCAAUAGCCUUUACUUCGGCUACAUCGACUCAGCUGCAAAGUAGAUCUAACUUUACGUCUCUUGAAACAAGGAACCUUGGAAGCGGCAAACUUGCCUUUUUGACAGACGCUAUUAGUAACGGUUGUGCCGAUCCAGGCUAUGAUCCAUGUCCAGAUGGCAGUGGCUGUUGCCCUACAGGUUCGACAUGCUUAGUCGACGGAUGCGACAUUGCCUGCACGAGUCAAGAUAUACCUUGCGGUGGCUCUAGUGGCGGCUCUGGUGGCGGCUCUGGUAGUGGUGGUGGCAAAGGCGGCAAUACAAAAAGUGUCGCUUCUAAAGCGCAGAUGCAAUUAUCUACCAAGCUUCUGACA